AUGAUUAAGGUGGCGGACACCACUAAAGAACAUUUAUACCUGGUCAUCUCAAGCAAAUUUGGAAAGAUGGGCCCUAGAAGCGUGCUGCCAAAUGGUACAAGCGGUGCGCUUGACAAAUGCAAAAUAUGUCUGGAGAGGCUAUUGGAAUACGAUGUACUCUGCUUGGCCGAAAUAUUGCACAUGUUCAUUACUUGCGCCCCAAGGCCAGUUACCAUUGUUGAUUACGAUGCGGGUGAGGAAGAUUCAGACGUUACUUAUGCCGGAGAUGUGUACUGGGCUUCUCGGAGGUCUCUAUUUGCGGGUUAUCUAAUCUCCUCCGUGCAGAAUAUGCCAGGUAAAAAGACCCAGAAAAAUAUUGAUAUAUACUAA